GCAUCGUUGCAAGAAUUACAAGUGGUCAAGGAGCGUCUUCAGUCGGAUUACGACAAACUGAAAGCAGAGGAAGGAGAACGUGAGAAACGCAUCAAGGAAUUAUCGGGUCUUUCUGAGAAGCGUGAACAGGCAAAGAGUGAUCUGAAAGGUUCAGUGACUCAUGGUGUUGCGAUUUUGAACUCAUCGUAUAGUCAGCUGUUCGGUGGUGCUUGUCAAUGCAAGAGUUGA